CUCUUCCACAACCUCGCCCAACAUGCAGUUCAGCAAGCUCGCCACCCUCCUGGCCAUCGCCACUGCUGCUGCCGCCGCCCCCACCGAGAUCCAAAUCCGCACCAUCGGCUCUGGGUCCGGCCUUGGGUCCGGCCUUGGGUCCGGCUCUGGGUCCGACCUUGGGUCCGGCCUUGGGUCCGGCCUUGGGUCCGGCUCUGGCUCCGGCUCCGGCUCCGAUCCCGGCUCUGGCUCCAACUCUGGCUCCGGCUCUAACUCUGGCUCUGGCUCCAACUCUGGCUCUGGCUCCGGCUCCGGCUCCGGCUCCGGAUCCGGAUCCACCACCUGCAGCAACAAUCAGCAGUCUCAGGUGUGCUGCUCCGGCGGCCUGCUCGGCCUCGGCUGCCUCAUCCAGAUCCUCGGCUCUUCCUGCGCCGGGGAGGCCUACUGCUGCGACACGAGCGGGGGUGCCGGCACCCUCGUCAACAUCGACCUCCUCAGCUGCCUUCACCUCUAAAUGCCAAGGCAGAACCUGGAAUCGGGAGGAGAGCAGAACCCCGGGUGUGCUGAGAUGUAAGGGGGGAAAAGGGGCGACGAUAGAGUGCUGAAGGAAGAUGGAAGGGGGGGGAGGGGAAGUGGACAUACGGCGGGAGGAUAUGCGGACUAUGGGAGAACCUCAUUUGUCUAUUCGACCGGCAAGGACCUAGACCUAGAACCAACGCUCUUUUACCAGCUUCGUAAGUAUAGGGCAAUACACGCACGCACACACCACCGAAACUCUCUGCCUGUCGCGGGUCUCAAUCCGCGGCCCCGGUGAAUGCCCAGUCUGUCUUCGAUCGUCGAGUAUGCACCGCCUCCUAUUAAGACAUACAACCCCUUUACUGCCCCAUGCCACAACAAGCAGUACCAGCCAAGGAAGGACUGCCCGAGGCCACGCGUUGCGAUACCCAAUAGCCGAGCAACAACUCCCCAUUGAGAGGCGCGAGGCGUCUAUGACACGAUGGAGCCCUAGCAACGAGGCCAACAAGUGGUGGCCGAUACCUAUUAAAAGCCUUUGCUACACGGUGCAGCUCAUAGCACUAGCCGUCGGACACGCCAGAGUGCGAUGUCUCCCCGAGGUCUCCCCUGAGGGGGGAGGGUCAGUUUCCGCGCGGUAUGAUGUAGUCAGUCUACGCCCGUUACUUUUACCAUUUCCCCGGAUCCCAGC